AGAGAUCAUAAUCUUGGAACCCUAGUUCUGAGCUUUACGCACGAACUCGUUUAAGCUUCUUGCAGCCGUCGGUACGGAAGAACAAAGAGGAGAGUAAGAAGCUAAUCAAUUAUGGGAAAGGUUCAUGGUUCUUUGGCUCGUGCCGGUAAGGUUAGAGGACAAACACCAAAGGUUGCUAAGCAAGAUAAGAAGAAGAAGCCCAGAGGUCGUGCUCACAAGCGUAUGCAGCACAACCGCCGUUUCGUCACCGCCGUUGUUGGUUUCGGAAAGAAGAGAGGACCUAACUCAUCGGAGAAAUAGAUGUCACUAAAUUUGUAUCUUUGGUAGAGAAGGGAAAAGCUAUUUUGCGACUUUGGGAAUCUUUCUUCUUUGUUUUAAGUUUCUUUUGGCACUGAACGAUUAUGUUUUUUGAUUAUAUGCUAUAAAAUACUGUUUUUUCUA